AUGAUGCAAACAAAUAAUCAAGCCUCGGAAAAACAUUCAUCAGGUGACCAGACUGCUCCUGGUGGAAUAAGAUUGCAGUCUACCCAUGGAGUUGGGGAUAGCAGCGGCUCUGAGUCAAAAGCGACAUCCCCUGCUAGUUCACGAGAGUCUACACCAGAACGACAGACUCGAGUCAGAAGUAAUGCCGCGGCACAACUUAGUAACGCUGCUAUAGCUAACCCACUGACUAACAAGCGUACGAAAUGGACAGAUGAAAUGAACAGAUACGUUGUCCACGCAUAUUACUUAGUGACAGAAUUGGAGAAAAACAAAUCUGGCUUUAGGAAAAAUCUACACAACAAAUUCAAAGGGAAAUACCCGGAACAUAUUUUCACUGAACAGAAAGUAGCAGGACAAUUAAGGUCAGUCAUGAAGAACAAAUAUAUAUCAGAAGAGAUAAUAGAAGACAUCAAGAAAGCAGUAGAAAAAGAGCUUCAUAAUAAUAUUACGAGCGAAAUACAACACCCACAAUGCACAAUACAAGAAGAUGAUGAAACGGAGGAGAAACAAACUGAUCCCAUAGAAGAAGAGCUUACAACAAAUAAUGCACUAGAACCGAAUGAAGACCAUGAUCUAGAGAUAACAAGAAUAUACAAUAAGGAAGACACACAAAAGUUGCAAGAAAUGGAAAGAGCAAUACUCGAAUAUAUAGAUACAGACCCAACUUUGAGACCAAUCUUGCCAAAGCAUCAUUCAUCCAAGAAACUGACCAAUACUACCAAAAUAAUGAAUGAAGUAAUACUACCACAAUAUCUCAGAAAUGACAUAAAAAUAGAAGAACUGCACGCAAUAAUAUACUGCGGAGCACUAACAAUAACAAGAGCGAUAGGUGGUAAAAUUAUUAUAGAGAGUGAAAGCGCAACGAAAAUAAAAAAUAAUAAACCAGGGUGGAUGAUGAGACUAGAGAAGCGAAUUAAAAAUUUAAGAGCAGACCUGAAUAGAAUCAUAGGAUACAAGGAGGGUAAGAGAUCACGUAGAUUAAACAACAGUGUUAAAAGAAUUCUAGCGAAGUAUAAGAUACAUGCAAAACAUGAUAAAAACAAUGAAAACAUAAAUGAAGCUAACAACACGAUCAAACAAAAAUUGGCAGCAUUGAAUAAGAGACUCAGAAGAUAUCGAGAUACAACAUUGAGAAAAACACAGAACAAACAGUUUACAAACAACGAGAAACAAUUCUGCAAUAAUCUGAACAAAACAAAUAGCAAGGGUAAGGGAGCACCAACUAAGGAUGACAUAGAAAAAUAUUGGACAAAACUAUGGUCUGAAAAAGUAAAUCACAAUAAGGAAACACAAUGGAUAGAAAGGGAAAAAGAGGCCAAUCAAAGCAUUACUAGAAUGGAAUAUAAACAGAUAACCAUUGACGAAAUAGGCGAAACAGUAAAGAAAACACACAAUUGGAAAGCAACAGGAAUCGACAACAUUCACAAUUAUUACUACAAGUGUUUUACAUGUACACACAACCAACUAGCACGUAAUUUUAAUAAGAUACUGGAUAACCCUAAAACCAUGCCCGAGUUUAUGUCAACUGGAGUAACAUACCUUAAGUCAAAAGAUGAAGACACUAGAAAUGCAACCAAAUACAGACCAAUAACAUGCCUUCCCACAAUCUACAAAAUAUUCACUUCAAUCAUCGCAAAUAAACUGUACGACCACUGUAGUCAAAAUAGUAUCCUAGCAAUGGAACAAAAAGGGUGUAUUAAACAAUCAAAAGAAUGCAAGGAACAACUCAUUAUAGACAUGAUAGUGACAGAGCAAAUAAGAAAACAAAAGAGGAACCUACAUUCAUCAUAUAUUGACUUCAAGAAAGCAUAUGAUUCAGUUCUCCAUAGCUGGCUCCAGAAAGUUCUGGACAUAUAUAAGGUACACCCAAUAAUAACGGAAUGCCUCAAAACUGUAAUGAACAAAUGGAAAACAAAAAUAAUACUUAAUACCGAAAUAGGAAAAAUAGAAACUAAAUAUAUCCAAAUAAAUAGAGGUAUCUUUCAAAGCGACUCGUUGAGCCCGCUUUGGUUCUGCCUGGCACUAAACCCGCUUUCUAACAUCUUAAAGAGGGAAGACACAGGCGUACAGAUUAAACAGAACAAAGAAGUAAUUUACACAUUGUCACACCUUCUCUAUAUGGAUGAUAUAAAGAUCUACGCACCCACAGAAAUGCAGCUUAAACACCUAGUAAAAAUGACAUACAAUUUUUCGAAUGAUAUUAAAAUGGAAUUUGGACUGGACAAAUGCAGAACACAGACGAUAAAGAAAGGGAAACAAGUAGUAGAAAGGGUACAGGGAAACAACAUGCCAAAAAUCGAACCAAUGUAUGAAGAUGAAAUGUAUAAAUACUUAGGAAUGCCUCAAAAACAAUGCGCUGAACACAAAUAUAUAAAAGAAACAAUAAAAGAAAAAUAUUUCAAACGCAUCAAUAUGAUCCUUAAAUCUAAACUCAACGCUAAAAAUCAGAUUAAAGCUAUAAAUACAUACGCUAUUCCACUACUAACAUAUACAUUUGGAAUCGUUAAGUGGACACAAACAGAAAUGAAAGACAUCCAAACAAAAACAAAUGUCGCCAUGACGAAACAUAGAUGCCACCAUCCAAAAGCGGCAGUAGAAAGAACUACACUCAAACGGAAAGAUGGUGGUAGGGGACUUAUAGAUCUAUCUAACCUGCACAAUAAUAGUAUAAUAAACCUAAGGAAAUACUUCUACUCAAAACAAGCAGAAUCUCCAUACUAUAGAGCUAUUGUAAAAGCAGAUAAACACACCCCACUAAUACUAAGUGAUGAAGAAAAAACUUGGUCCAUAGUAGAAGACGCAGACAAGCUUACCCGCUGGAAAGAAAAAGCUCUACACGGAAGGUUUCCCCAUGACGUAGACCAAGACACUGUCGACAAACAAGCAUCGUACAAUUGGUUAAAACGUGGAGAGCUACAACCGGAAACUGAAGGUUUUUUUUUAUAG